GUAUUGGACGGUAUUAUUCGACGCGACUUCGAGAUGAAUAGAGCGCACGUAUAGCUCGAAGUAUCGGACAGAGUUGUCGCUCUUUUCUGUCGCGCUGCCGCUCAGUCGGUGUCGCGCGAUCGUACAACGCGUAUCGACGAUUCACGCUCGUCCUAUAUCUCUUUUGGGAUUAUUUCUUUUGUUCGCGAUUUUAACCCUUCGUUGUGUCACUGGUGUACACUGGAAUUUUAAACCUUUACGAAGAAAGUGGAUUAUGGAAUCGGAGGGAAAAAAAUCAAAGAAGACUCGAUAAGUUCGGAACACGUUUUUAUGAGAAUACGGAAGAAACUUUCGGAUAUUUACGAGAGGAGAAAAAAAACUUGUAAAUUUUUGCUCAGUGCGGAGUGAUGUGGUUCGAGCGUGGAUUUUAGAAAAGUGGACAAAGUAUUACCUCGAUGCCAACUUUAUUUUUAACCCUUUGAAAGCGGCAGUUGAAUGGGAAAGCCGCGUCACGAAACGGAGAUAUUCUAUUAUAUCUGAAUGGAGGAAGCGCGUCCGCGGUUUGGAGAAGGAAGAUAUCGAAAGAUUCAAAGGAGCACGGUGGAACUUCUUUUUUUUUUACCUCGUGUUUAAAAAAUCUUUUGUCCGUUUAUUAAUUAAUAGUCGCUAUUCUUCCCACUCGAUAAACGUUCAACAAUUUCGAGUCUGAAUUUCGAGCGAGGAAUUAGCAAGAUCGCGGUGUCCGAUGCUCGUGGUGUACAUCGAGGAACGCGAAGAUGUAGCUCGAUCGACCGUCGCGUGAUCAUCAAGAAUCGAAUACCACCGCGGUAACAGUGGACAUACUUAUCUAUAAUUAAACUAUAUAAUGCUGACAGUGUACCCCGAACGUGAACACUUACUCUCGCGUUGAAUACCAGUUGAGCAGUUUGAAUCUCUACAAGAGCAAACAACGAUCUCCUCGUAUUCGAUGCCUGCUAAAAUAAUACUCGGCUUUUGAACGUUGGAAGAAAGGAUCGGUCGUUGAAAAAAAAAGAAAAAAAGAAAGAAGAGGAACGAUAAGAAGGAAUUCGACGAUGGGGGGACACGCAGAGGGAGCGAGGAUCGCGUGGUCAGUGGCACGGCUUCCGUCGUGGCCGUGGAGAACGAGAUUCUUAGGCCAGCUGGCCUGAGAUAUGCCAGCAGCAACAGACCUCGUAAUCACGGAACCAUCGAGAACGAUAUCAUCCUCGUCAUCGUCAUCCACGUCCUCACCGUCAUCGAGGCUGAGAACGGAAACGGCGGUAUCGAGGUGUUCUGGGGGUGUCGCUGGCCGACAGCUGGCGGUAGAGAUCGAGACGAUCGAGCGCCGGGUCUGCGCGACCCGACGCGACCUCUUCGUACCCGUGACCGUCGACCCUCGGCCCAGUCGGGCCGUCCACUGUCCAGAUCUAAACGCCUGUUUGGUGAACGAGUCUCGGUCCGGCCGCGACCAGGUCGAUUGCCAGGCGAUUCACUUCGGUUACGCGAUCCCUGUGAACGUGGUCCCCCUGGGAACCGAUCCACGGCUCGCCGAGCUCGUCUUGGACCACUCGACCGAGUUGAGCAGACGUGCCGCGAGCUUCUUGCUUGAGCACCAUCCUCAGCUGCGUCAGCAGCGGCAGACGCAGCAGGAACGUUGUCCAAGCAUGGCGGCAACCGCGAAGCACGAUCUGCGACAGAAAUUCCCGACGGACACCUCGACGUCCGGUGACGAGGACAUCGCGGCGAUCGCGAAACAGAUCAGCGACCACGCGGAGGCCAUCUAUCAGACUUGGAAGAGCCGUGGGUUAGCCCCUACCGAGAUAUUGAACUGUCACAGCAAUGCUACGGCAGCGGACAAGUUCGGAAGCGCUCUCACGCCGAGUUCCGCGUCGAACAGCGCGAACAAUACCGGGAAAAGUUCGCCCACGAGCGGUACACCCGCCACGGCGGCGGUUGAUAUACUGAGCCAAACGCCGAAUCUCGAUAACGGAAAUUUGGAGAAGCUGGUGAACAAUUUCGUGGUGGAGGACAAAGCUAGGUUAGCCGCGUCGAGGCAGAGGUCGCCCUCAAAGACUCUACCCUCGUCGAUACAGUUCGCGCUAGAGAAGUUCGAGAAGAACUCGAUGCAGCAACAACAGCAACAAUCGCAGACCUCUCCCUUGAAGAGCAGUAACGUUGGCGGUCAGGGGAAGGCGAAGCAAGGAACCGUUCUCUUGUCCCCGACUUCCCCGUUCACGAACAAACCUUCGCAGAUAGUGAAGCCUCAGGUUUCCCCGAAAACACCGGGCGCGCAUCAUCGGGAAGUAUUUUUGGAAACUAUAGAGACCACUUUUCCCGCGGAUAUCACGCCCUCGAAGAUCGUGGUGCAGCAAAAGAGGCCAACCAGUACGGUGAUCACCUCUCCCACCGCUUCCUCCAAUCUCGACGAUUCUUCCACGAAUUCAGGCUUGACCACUUGGCCCCUGAAGAACAAGUUGAACGACAAUAAAAGAAUAACGGAUCCUUGUAGAUCACCGCAACAGGAAAGCAAAUCGUUGGCGAGCAAGGAGGAGAAGAGGAACAGCGGUUCUAAUUCGAGCGCGUACCUGGACGAGGUUGCACGCGAGGAGGAAAGACUGAUAAACGCUCUGAAGACGGGCUCGGUGAUCACGGAGGAGCCCGUGGAGAGGACGGUGCCUCUGACUCGCCAGAAACCCGCGAUCAAGAGGGAGAAACCGAAGGUGGAGCCCGUUAAACCGAUAAUCAUCGGUCACAAUCAUCAUGGAGGGGGCCUGGUCCCCGCUUCCGCUGCCAUGGUGAACAACGUGACGUCCACCGGGACAUCGGGAACGUCUAACGCUAGUGCAACGUCAGACGCGAAAUCUCUGAGCAAGGAUGAUCUGUCCAACAUGUCAGUGGUGGAUUACGCGAAAGUCAGAUACAGAGCGGCUCAGCAAAAUCCUCCGACCCAACAGAGGUUGGAGGAGCAGAGAACGAACAACAACAGUUUCAAUUCCACGGAGCAGUUAGUGUCGACCACGAGGUCCAAAUUCGAAACGGAGAUACAAAAGGACAAGGAAGCGAGUAAAGAGGAGAAGGAUCCUGUCACGUCUAGAUGGGGCCCUAGAAUCAAUUCGCCAAGGCCAAGAAUCGAGCAAGUACCUCAUCCGGAAUUGACCACCCAACAGAAGCAGCAUAUUAGAGCCGCCGCCGCAACUGGAACCGGGAACAAUCCUAUCAGACCGUUUUUAACCAGGGGAUCCGUCGCUGAACGCGUUUUGAUCUUCGAGAAGUGCCCGAGCGAGCUGUUGCUCGACAAACGAGGGCCACGACAACCGGCCAUCAACACUUGGAGAACAGGACACGAGGUUCAAAACAAGGCUCAGACGUACGCGAAAGACAAGACACAGCAAAAGAGCUUGCCACCGCACACGACACUCCAGAGGCACGUGAAAGCGAACAGAAACGUUCACAUACCACGAUUUUACUUUCCCGGAGGAAAACCUUUGCCGUUAUCGCAAGUGGAGGCAACUAUCGCGAGGAUCACCGCCGCUUUUCAAGCUCUUCCCGGCCAUCGUGCGUCCCGAGCCCAAUUUCACACAAUUACGAAGGCAUGCGACUUGCCGCUCUAUUGGAAAGUGCCGCUUUUCCUCGCGGCUGGCGGAGAUCAGACAGGCUACGUUGAGAUGAACGCGUUCCUUGAAUUUUGGAAAGAAGAAAUAUCGAACACCCACCACGACGCGGCGAGCAAGUUUAUUCGAAUCACAACCCGGGGCCAGAGGAACAAUAUACUGCCGGAGGAUUUGAUCCCCCUGGUACAAGACGUAGUCGAGACCCAUCCCGGUUUAACUUUUCUCAAAGAGGCUACUGAGUUCCAUUCACGCUACGUACACACGGUGAUCGCUAGGAUAUUUUAUUGCGUGAAUCGAAGUUGGAGCGGAAGGAUUUCCGUGGCGGAGUUGCGAAGAAGCAAUCUGCUCUCGGUGAUCGCGAUCCUCGAGCACGAGGAAGACAUCAAUCAAGUAACAGCUUACUUCAGCUACGAGCAUUUCUAUGUGAUCUACUGCAAGUUCUGGGAGCUAGAUCGUGAUCAUGAUCUUUUCAUCGACAAGACAGAUCUCACAAAACAUAAUGAUCACGCUCUUUCCAAACGUAUGAUCGCGAGAAUAUUCAGUGGUGCAGUGACGAGGGGUGGCGUGAAAAGCGGAAACGGCGUUCAACAAUCUCAGGAUAAAAUGAGUUACACGGAAUUCGUGUGGUUCUUGUUAAGCGAAGAGGAUAAAAAUCAUCCGACCGCUAUUGAAUAUUGGUUCAGGUGCAUGGAUCUCGAUGGUGAUGGAUAUUUGUCGAUGUACGAAUUGGAAUAUUUUUACGAAGAACAAUUGCAUCGUAUGGAGGCGAUUGGAUUGGAGACGUUACCUUUCGAGGAUUGCCUUUGUCAGAUGUUAGAUAUGAUCAAGCCGGAAAAAUCAGGAAAAAUAUCCCUAAGCGACUUGAAAAAGUGUAAAAUGACUUCAAUCUUCUUUGACACGUUCUUCAACCUCGAAAAGUACCUGGAUCACGAGCAGAGAGAUCCCUUUGCAUCUGCAAGAGAACAUGACCCUGAUGGUCACGAGCUGUCAGAUUGGGACCGAUUCGCAGCAGAGGAGUACGAAUUGUUGGUCACCGAAGAGAGUGGUAACGAACAAAAUGAACAAAUGCCAAACGAUUCCAUAUCGGAGGAUGCGUUUUCUCCAAAUUUGGAGAUUCUGGAUGGUGAAUCCGUGGACAUGGUUCAAGGUACAGAUAUCCAGUUUAAAGGAUAUUCUGAUGAUAUAUCUACAAUUAAUCCAUUGGACUCUAUUCAUCAGCAGUCGAAGAACCAAUAUUAUGACAGUGGUGAUAGCGACGAUUAUGCUGAGAGUGAUAAUUGAAUAAGGGAAAGUUGAACGUUAUUCGGAAAGAGAAAGCAAAGAAAGAGGGAAAUUAUCUCUAGACGGAAUUUAGUAGUUUAAAUGCGUAGUUGUUUUCUAUAUAGUAAGAGUGUCGUGUAAUCUUUUUGUGAACAGUCGUAUAUUAUGAUAAAAUGUUUCUCGGCGAAUUAUUCAAUACGAAUCCAUUCGGUGAUCUAGUCUGAGUGACUUCUUUAAAGUACAAAAACAUUCAAGAAUAAUUAAGAUAUUCUAUCUUAUAUUUAAGUAUUACUUUAAAAAGAUAUCGAUGAAAUAGAACUUUGGAUGUUUUUUAAAUAUUAAACAAUUUUUAAUUGUUUGAGCUAAAAAAAAAAAAAUAACAAAAGGAAAAUAUCAUAGGAUUCUCUUUGAAGCAGAGAAGCUUUGAUAUCACCGAAUCGAUCCGUAACUAUGAAUAGUAGUCGAGAAGAAGAUUCAGGCCACGGCACGACGAUGUGUGAUAAGCAAGCGUCAUUGUUCAAUCUCUUUAUGAUAUACAUAUUGUGUACUUCACGUUGUAAAUAGACAGUAAAUCACGAAUUCUUAUUUUUACUUAAUGCGAGAAAAUCACUUGAAAAAAAUGCGAGUCUUUCAAUUGCUGCAGCCAUUUAUAAGAAAAUCGAUUAAAAAUAGUUCUAGAAAUUUAAAAAAAAUUCAAUCAGUUAAUCAUUUUGACAAAUUAUUUUCUUUUAAUUCAAAAGAAGUUAUUUUUUAAUCUUAAAAAAAAAAAAAGAAAAAGAAAAGAAAAAGAAAAAAUUAAAUUAUUUGUAAGAACAUGUUUCUCUAAAAGAAAACUUCGAGGCUGCAACAAAUGGAAAUUGCGUGUCAAAAGAUUCAUAAUCGUUGGAUUUGCGAGUAAGGGGUGUUAUUACCCUAUGUAAUCAUCUUGUAAGUCAUAGUGUUACACUGUACGCAAAAUAUUGCACGCAAGAAACGUUCAAAGGAUCGAGUGAGAUUGUAUCAGUAAAGUAUUCUUCCAAUUCGAUCCAUUAUAAUAUUCAUAAAAUGAAGUGUAUGUUUUUCGAACGUUGCAGACUAUGAUCUAUGAUUGCUGUUUCUUUUCCACGUGUUUGCAGGUAAUUUCUUAUAAAAUGAUGAAAACAAGCCAAAGAUGAGACGUGUUCCAUUACCUUUAAUACGAAGGUACAAAGGAAAAUGAAGAAACAAAGAAACUAUGAACGCAGAUGCUGCUAUAAAUGAUGAAACGUUGUUCUUUCCAACUAAGUGACAUUUGUUUCGAGAUUCAAAGGGAUUUUGUGAAAUUUCCUUUAAGUGUUGGACGAAUGGACAUAAUUUUUUAUAAGUUAAAGCUUUAUAGUGUUCUCCUCAAAACGAUGCAUUCUGAAUAUCAUUGUUUUUCUUCUUCCUCUUUUUUUUUUUUUUUUUUUUAAUUACUUUGAUCGAGAUUUUAUGUAAUUUUUAACUUGUUAUUAAGAAAUUAUUGUGGUUUAAAGUAAUGUAAGUCUCCGAUGAUAAAUGCAAGGAGAUCCUAUUUUUAGAUUCCUUUUCGUUGGGAAAACACCAUGAAGAACGUAUGCGUUUCUAGACGAUUGUUGAAGAGCGUGUGAUGAGAUUUUGUUGAAAGUGUCUACUGCCACAGCAAAGGACUCUUAAAACGCGGUUCGACUUAAUCUAAGUUACAACAUUGAAGAUCAGAAGUUGUACCCUCUUAUUUUUAAAUAUCUCUUAUAUACGUUUUAAUUGUUAUUGUUACAUUAAUUGCUCAUCAGAUUUUAUUUCUGCGUGAAUUCUACGACUUGUUAUUUCAUUAAAUAAUAAUUAUACGACUGGUAUAUUGUUAUUUUUAAUUGAUAAAAAUGAAAGUACUCCGAGAAAUAUAGGGUACAAUUGAUUUACAAGAAUCCGCUUGAGCCGUCAAGACUGCUGGAAUGUAUAUAUUAAUUUCGUCUUCGAGAUUUAUUUUAACGACGUAUAUAUAUAAUAAUAUACUCUAGUCGAAAUGUGUGCUAUAAUUCACAUAAUGAAGACCACGUGUGAGAUGGCGAGUUAAUUUUAGAUCUAUUUCGUGUUAUUUGUUAAUUAAACAGUGUUAAAUUGCAAACAAUGUAAA